UCCGAAGUGAUCCCAGUGCUAUAGCGAAUCCGGGAUAUUGCAUAAUCCAAUUGUUCAUGCUGAACAGUGUUCAGUCUGGAUGAAGAAAAUUCGAAGAACUAGGAAUGAAAACCAACGAAUUAUUGUGCAACAAAUCGAAUUAAAGCUGGAGAAAACUAGUUUUGAAAAAGCUGGUGUUUUUUGAAAAUUUGAUUUCUGUCAAGCCCAGUUGAUGACAAGUCUGGCAACGUCGAGAGUUUGUUUGGAAAAUGGCCGCUCACAGCUCCGCACAAGAAAUAACGGAUGAAGACGCCGCUGUCUUGCAGUUUCCUAAAGAAAUGUCGCCAGAGUCCUGUGGCAGUUCUCGAUGGCCUACAACAGAGUCCAACUCUGAAGUGUGUUUCAUUUGUUUGAAACCCCUGACUGGGAUUUUCAUCAGGUGCGAAGAAUGUGUCAGGGUCGAUAUCUGUCCAGCUUGCUUUGCCAAAGGAAGAGAAAGCAAAGAGCAUUUGAACAAUCACAGCUACAGAGUCAUCAGGGAUGACUUCCCUCUUUUUGAUGGCUGGACAGCACGUCAAGAGCUCACUUUGCUCGAUCAGUUAUCUUUCCACGGUCCAUCAAAUUGGAUAGAAGUGGCCAAACGUUUUAAAGCCACCCCAGAAGAAUGUGCACACCAUUACAACAAGUGGUAUCUGGAAGACCCUGUGGACGUCCUGCCUCGGCCGAAAAGCCCAGAGCGACUUUAUCGACCUCUGCCAAUCGUCUACAGAACGGGGACACACGACCCACCUCGACCGGUGCCAGGAAGUGUUUACCAUAGAGACAUGGCUGGUUACUGCGCUGCUCGUGGCGAUUUUCAAGUGGAACCUUUUCAGAGUGCAGAAUUAGAUGUGGCAUCGUUACAGGACGAAACUAAGCCGGAAGCGGAUGAAGAGAUUGACGAAGAGGAUUUAGAACUAGAGCGUGCAUUGACUAUUGCCGUCGUACAAGUGUAUAACGAUAAAUUGCGUGAACGAUUUCGAAAGAAACGCAUCAUCCAGGAGCAUGGUUUGAUCAAUUUCCAUCGACAUUUAGCGGCUCGUUACCGCUAUGACUCUACGCUAACGCAUCGCGUGUGUGAGCGUCUUUCUGUGUUUUCCCAGGUGUUGAAAUUCCAAGACCACUGCAUGCUCUUCGAAGGUUUGCACGGUCACGCCGAAUUGCGACAGCGAAUACAACAACUGCAAAAGUACCGCCACUUGGGAAUCAAGACAUUAGCAGCGGCCAAGAUUUACAAGCAGCUGCAGAUACGUCGCGAGAAACAGAUGAAACAAUGGAAGCAAUUUGCUGCCAAUUUGCAUGCCGCUUUUCCCGUGCCACAUCAGCACCAACAGCUGGUGGCAUCGGCUCUGCUUCAAGGAAGCAAUGGCAACGCUUUGCUGGCCUCCACUGGCCACUUCCCACAACAGCGAAGAAGUGCACCUCCGCUGGACAUUGUCGGUCUGCCCGGCUACGACAAAUUGAACGAGGGCGAAAGGCAACUGUGCUCCGUUUCACGUCUCGUUCCUGAAUCUUAUUUGGAAUUUCGCAACAUUCUCAUCACAGAGUGCCGUAACCGCAAGGGCAUUCGACUAGCCCAGGCCAGAACGCUGAUCAAGAUCGAUGUGAACAAGACGCGCAAGAUCUUUGACUUUCUACUGGAAGAGAAACUGAUCUACUUCCCCGCUUGAUAUAUGGCACCACUUGUAAUAA